UACCCCCACUUGUGUGAUCAUCUUCUGCCACAAGCUUUUUGCCUACCUAUCGCCAGUAUUGCUGGAUUUGUCGUGUGUAUCAUUGGCUAUAGUGCGUCCCGCUUCUCUUACUAAUAUUUUGCUAACUGUUGCAUCAAGUAUUACAUAGCAAUAUCAAAAAAAUGGCAGACAAUAAAGCAAUUGAUGGUACACCUCAGCUGGAAGUAAUUAAUCGCGUAAAAAGCAUUCCUGUUGUUCAUUCGGCGAUAGAGAAAACUGGAUCUACAUAUUCUUACUUGAAAGAUUCGCAUCAUUUAAUAAAUUGGGCACUGACGCAAGCUGAAGCUGGACUUAAUUAUGCAUCUGCAACGGCUGCUCCUCUUACUGUACCCUUGGCAAAAAAAUUCGAAGGACACAUUAUUGCUGUUGACCAAAAAUUGUGCGAAGGUCUGAACGUGGUCGAGCAGAAAGUACCGAUCGUGAAACAACCACCUCAGCAAAUUUACGAUGCUGCCAAAGCUGUAAUGAGUAGUUCCUUGCAACCAACAAUCGACAAAUUGCAUGCUGCAAAAGAGUCAGCGGCGCAACACGCAUAUACAUUCAAAGAAAUUAGUAUAAACAAAGCUAAUGAGUUAUUGAAUAAUUCAUAUGGUGUUAUGGCAGUGCAAGGUGUUGAUAAUACGAGCGUUCUCAUUAACGGAUUAUUAGAUCGUUAUUUCCCUCCAGUUGAAGGAGAAGAAAACACACCUGCUCCUAUAUCUGCUGAUGAGAACAAAGUUCUGCAUACAGUACAAACUAUUGGUCAAUUAUCCUCGAAAACUGCCAAUCGAGUAUAUCAUUCGGUUGUAGCACAAUUAAAAACAGUGAAGAAAGAAGAUGUAGCGUCAUAUAUGUCGAGCGUAAUAUCUAUUCUUCAUCUAACGCAUUUUUUAAGCUUAACUGAUAAACAUGAUGAAAGUAACAGCGCAAAUGAAGAAAAUAAAGAAAAGAAAUAGGCACGAUUGUUACUAACAAUUGUACAAUAACGUAAUCGCUAGAUAAGUAAUUAAAUUCACAUCAGGCCCAUAUUUGUUAGUAAAAUUUUUGUAUUGUUCCUGCUCGGAAUGCUUUUUCAUCAUGUAGAAUAAGGAUAAAUCCGUGGACUUUAUGUAAGUUAUGUGUAAUAAAUGAAAGUAUCAGUUUCAA